AUGUUCAUCCACACCCACGCACCUGUACACGUCACACCCACGCCCACGCACCUGUACACGUCACACCCACGCCCACGCACCUGUACACGUCACACCCACGCCCACGCACCUGUACACGUCACACCCACGCCCACGCACCUGUACACGUCACACCCACGCCCACGCACCUGUGCACGUCACACCCACGCCCACGCACCUGUACACGUCACACCCACGCCCACGCACCUGUACACGUCACACCCACGCCCACGCACCUGUACGCGUCACACCCACGCCCACGCACCUGUACACGUCACACCCACGCCCACGCACCUGUACACGUCACAACCACGCCCACGCACCUGUACACGUCACACCCACGCCCACGCACCUGUACACGUUACACCCACGCCCACGCACCUGUGCACGUCAAACCCACACCCACGCACCUGUGCACGCCACACCCACGCCCAUGUCUGCUGUGAGCAUGCCCAUCUUCUCAGGCAGCUCGACGCUCACACCUUCUCACAUGUUUAUGUAUGUGUCGAAGCGGGUGUCGACUACGACCUUCGACACAUCGCGGUACGGAGCAUGACAUCACAUUGUGACUAUUUCCUGAGGAAGAACUUGACACUUGACCUGCACCAGAAUAAAUCUAUGUUGGAUGUGAAGAGGACAAUUUGA